AUGGCGUCCGACGAUGAGUCGAUCCGGCCUCUGCUGUGGUCCUUCUCCGGGUUCCGCGAGAACAGACGGCCGGCGCCGAUCAGGCGACAGCUGAGCCAGUCACGGACCAGCCUCCAAGAUGUGCUCGCAUCUCGGAAGAAACACUAUGCCGUGCUGGCCCUCGUAUCACUGGAUGUCGCCGCGCUCAUGGCCAACAUCUUUGUCGAGCUCGUCGCCUGCGAUAUGAAGCGGGAAGACGAGCCGUGGGUCAAGAACACGCGCGAAGGUCUCACCAUUGCGGGCCUCGUGUUUAGCUCUCUGUUCUUGAUCGAACUCGUAUUGUGCGUUAUUGCAUUUGGAUGGAGGUAUUUUGCAGAGUGGUUUCAUCUGCUCGAUGGCAUCGUCAUCGUGGCAAGCUUUGUUAUCGACGUGCUCUCGCACGGCAUCGUGGAAGAGAUUGCUUCCCUCGUCAUUGUGUUCCGUCUCUUCAGAUUUGUCAAAGUGGUCGAGGAGAUGAGCAUGGGGGCCGCGGAGAGGAUGGAGGGACUCGAGGAGCAGCUGGCAGCUCUAAGGAGAGAGAAUGGAGAGAUGAAGAGACAGUUGGCACGACGAUGA